GACGAGCAUUCCAUGUAAGCCACACACGGGAAGCAGAAUGGGUUGCAAAGGUCUGCAGUGCUUAUUCGUGGAUUGUUUUAUCCUGACAUACUUCAGCUGUGCUGCAUUAAUUUCAGAAGAGGAGGCGUACUAGGCGGGAAGCCAAGCAAGGUAACAGCAGGUCGCGUGGCUCCCUUCAAUUCUGCAGUUACUUAACCGCGAUUAGUGGUGAAGGGUUGGCGGCUGCUUCUUCAGAACCUAUCUAGUUCCUUCUCUGUAAGCGUAUGACCAUGGCGACCAACACCACCAACCGCGUUGACAUGGGCGCCUGCCGCAAUCCAGCGCUCAACAUCCGCCCUGACCUCGCACGCGCUGCCACCGCCAUCACCGGCCCUUCCGUCGACGACGAGCUCGUUGGUCCCCGUGGCGACUGGUGGUGGACCGGCAAGCACCCCACCGACUGCCCUGGCUUCGACAAGGCUGCCGGCGUGCUGCGCUCGCUUCCGCUGCCCAACCUUCGCAACUUCACGCGCCAAUCCGUCCUUGACUACUUUGACAACAUCUGGACGCUGAACGAGGUGCUGUUCGCCAGCCUGCAGACCACGGACGCCUUCAUCCGCCAGCCGUACCACCAGCUGCGUCACCCCAUGAUGUUCUACUACGGCCACACCGCGGUGGUCUACAUCAACAAGUUCAGGGUGGCGGGUGUGCUGGAGGGACCCAUCGACCAGUACCUGGAGCAGCUCAUGGAGACCGGUGUGGACGAGAUGAGCUGGGACGACCUGUCCCGCGGCCGCGAUGACUGGCCCUCCGUGCGGGAGGUGCACGCCUACCGCCAGAAGGCGUAUGCGGUGGUGCGCGACAUCAUUCUCAACCACCCGGCCCUGGAUAAGAAGGAGGUGACUUGGGACGACCCCGCGUGGGCGCUGUUCCUGGGUUUUGAGCACGAGCGCAUCCACCUGGAGACCUCCUCCGUACUGAUUCGGGAGCUGCCGCUCAGCAGUGUCCGCAAGCCCGAGUUCUGGCCCGACUACCACCCCAGCAGCCGCACCCCCUCCGCGCCCGUGCCCACCAAGGGAGUGGACUACCCCGCGAACAACCUGGUGUCGGUUCGCGGCGGCGCGGUGGUGCUGGGUAAGGACAUGGCCUACCCCUCCUUCGGUUGGGACAACGAGUACGGCCGCAAAGAGAUCCACGUGAAGCCCUUCAGCGCCACCCAGUUCAAGGUGACCAACGGCGAGUUCCUGCAGUUCGUCAAGGCGGGCGGCUACAUGGCGCCCAAGUACUGGUCCGCGGAGGGCUGGGCGUGGAAGACAUUCCGCAACGUCAAGUGGCCCACCUUCUGGAUGCCGGAUGGGCCGCAGGGGCUGCACAAGUACAAGCUGCGUGUGCUGUUCGACGCCGUGGACAUGCGCUGGGACUGGCCGGUGGACGUGAACUACCACGAGGGCCGCGCCUUCGCAGCCUGGCGCACCGAGCAGGACGGCUCGCCGGUGCGCUACCGACUGGUCACGGAGGCGGAGCACAACCUGAUGAGGAGCACCCGGGACAGGGUGGACGCCCACCUGUUCGCGGGACCCGAGGAGCAGGCGGCGGCGCAGGCGGCCGGCCGCGCCCCCUCCGCGGACGAGACCCUCUCACCCGACCUGGCCAUGCAGCUGACGGGCGACACCGCCCUCCGCGGCGGCCCCGCGGGCGGCUUCAACCUGCAGCUCGCUUACGGCAGCCAGAGCCCCGUCACGGAGCUGCCGCCCAGCGAGAAGGGCUUUUACGACGUGUUCGGCAACGCGUGGGAGUGGGGUGAGGACCACUACGCGGCCUACCCGGGCUUCAAGGUGCACCCCUACUACGAGGACUUCUCCGCGCCCUGCUUCGCGGGGAAGCACCAGCUGAUCUUUGGCGGCUCCUUCAUCUCCACCGGCCAGCUCGCUUCCAAGUUCGCGCGCUACCAGUUCCGACCGCACUUCUUCCAGCACGCCACCUUCCGCCUGGUGCGAUCCGACGUGGACCUCUCCCAGUACGACAGCGCGCGCUACGGCCCGCACAACCCCGUGAACCCCUUCUACGAAACGUCCUGCAUGGAUGCCGCGCCCCCGCAUGUGGGAGACGGCCCCUGUUGCUCCGCAUCUCGACGGGCGGCCUUCACAUCCACUCUGGUGGAGGAUGCGGCCUCCACGAAAGCCAAGUUGGAAGCUGCGCAGAUCGCCUACGAGAACGACGCCAUCCUCUCCCAGUACCUCUCCCUCCAUUACGGCCCCAUCGACCGGGUCUACCCGGACCUCCUCCGCGAAACCGGCAUUAUCGCGGAUGCCCUGGACUUCCCACGCAAGCUGUCGGACUGCCUCACCUCGUGGGCCGAGCGAUGCGGGCUGCUGUCAUCACAAGGGGAGCAACAGCAGGAGGAAGCAUCUGCGAGCGGACGCAGCGAAAGCGAGAGCAACAACAACAGCAGCACCUCGCGUCGUGCGUUGGAUUUGGGCUGUGCUGUGGGUCGCUCAUCGUUCGAGCUGUCCAGGCGUUUCGGCGAGGUGGUUGGCGUCGACAUUUCCAAAACUUUCGUCGAGGUCGCAGGACGCAUGCGCGACAACGGCCGGCUGGACUACGAUUGCGUGCUAGAGGGUCACGUGACGGAGAGGCUCACCGCCGCCCUGCCCGCACCCGCACCCGCCGCCACUGCCAGCGGCCAGUCGGGGGAGCAGCCGCUACAGCCCAGCCGCUGCCGCUUCCUGCAGGGUGAUGCCUGCUCCCUGCCUCCGGCUCUCGGCCAAUUCGACGCUGUGCUGGCUGCCAACCUGCUGUGCCGGGUUCCGGAGCCCGCCGCCUGCAUCGCCCAGAUCAAGGCCAGCCUGCGCCCCGGCGGCGUGGCGCUGCUCACCAGCCCUUUCUCCUGGCUGGAGCAGUACACGGACCGCAGCAACUGGCUGGGCGGGGGGUAUAGGGACGGACUGCCCAACAGGUCCGCCGACGCGCUCAAGGCGCUGGUGGCCCCCGACUUCGAGGUGCUGGAGGAGGGCAGCAUGCCGCUGCUCAUUCGGGAGCAUGCGCGCAAGUACCAGCUCAUCAACGCACACAAGCUCGUGCUGCGCCGCAAGUAACGGGCGGGGGAGCAGCGGGGGAGGGAGCUGCGCUGCAGCCCGGCGGCCGUAGCAGUAGCGCUGAGGCUUGGUGACAUGAACGGCGUAGAGCGUGGUGGGUUAGAAGGUUCUACGGCUAGCUACCGUUGUAGGCACUAUGGUUGGGGUUUGGACGAGCGCAAGGAAGGGCGUUAAGGUGAACGAGGGUCGUCGCGGCCAGUGUGCGUGCGCCGUGACGUGGCGUAGCAGCGGGUCGGAAGGAGCGGUGUGGCGGGUCGCUGCACGGCUACUGAAGGAGUUUGCAGGGUGUGAAGUGCUGCUGGGCGAGGUCGUACCCGUAUGGCUGCAAUGGACUUCUAUCCCUCAUGUGCAUGCGUUGGGGAUG